GUCACACAGCCUUGUGCUGCAAGGAUAUCCGAAAUUCAACGGGGAUUCCCGCUCGAUGCAACCUGGGGGGUUGUCGCCUGCCAUCGUGGCUAUAAAUUGACCGGGGGUUUCCCCAAAGGAUGCACUCUCCCUGGCUGUGUACCACCCUCCAUCCUUCUUCCUAUCCCAGUUUCAGUCUUCACCAUGCGGUUCCCCCUCUAUGCCACGGCGCUGGCAGCUACUGCCUCGGCUCUCGUCAUUGGUGAGCGAGCCUCGUCCGAGGAUCGCUACAUCCUCGAAUUGGCGCCCGGCGUCACCAAGGAGGUCACCGAGGCCGAGAAAUGGGCUCUCAAGGCUGAGGGCAAGCAAUUCUUCGACAUCACGGACGAAGUGAGCAGCAUCAAGACCGCCAACGUCGCCGGCACCGAGGACUCGCAGCAACAACUGGCCGUCACCUAUCCCAGCAGCGCGCAGUACAAGGAGACGGUGAAUAAGCUGAUCCCCGAGUUGAACAAGGCCAACUUCCAGACGGUCCUGAAGCCCUUCUCGGAGUUCCACAACCGCUACUACAAAAGCAACUACGGCAAGCAGUCUUCGGAAUGGCUGCAGGCCCAGAUCCAGUCGGUCGUGGAUGCCAGCGGGGCCAAGGGCGUUACUGUCAAGCCCUUUAGCCACUCCUGGACGCAGUCAAGCAUCAUUGCCACCAUCCCCGGCAAGAGCAGCAAGACCGUCGUCCUCGGCGCCCAUCAGGACUCGAUCAACCAGGCGUCCCCUUCCACGGGUCGAGCCCCCGGUGCCGAUGACGACGGCUCCGGAGUGGUGACCAUCCUCGAGACGCUGCGGGUUCUCCUGAAGGAUCCCAAGGUAGCGGCGGGCGAAGCGCCCAACACGAUUGAGUUCCACUUCUACUCGGCCGAAGAGGGCGGACUCCUGGGCAGCCAGGCGAUUUUCCGACAGUACUCGUCGCAGAACAAGCAGGUGGUGGCGAUGCUGCAGCAGGACAUGACGGGAUACACGGAGGGCACGACGAAGGCCGGCAAGCCCGAGGCCAUCGGCGUCCUGACCGACUACGUCGAUGCCGGACUGACCAAGUUCCUGAAGACGAUCAUCGACACGUACACGACCAUCUCGUGGGUGGAGUCGAAGUGCGGAUACGCCUGCUCGGACCACGCCUCGGCCAACCGCUAUGGCUACCCCAGCUCGUUCGCCUUCGAGUCGGAGUUUGGAGACGACAGCCCUUACAUCCACACGGCCCAGGACACGAUCAGCACGGUCAACUUCGACCACGUGCUGCAGCACGCCCGUCUGUCUUUGGGCUUUGCUUACGAGCUUGCCUUUGCCUCGCUGUGAGGACCGAGUAGGAACCGGGAUUGACGCCACGAAGGAUGAAGCAAUGGCUUUGAGGACUUAGUGACAUGCAUUAAAAGAGAU